AUGAAUCGUCCAGGUCAACCCCCUCAAAGACCUCCAAGCCUUGGUCCGAACCCUGCACUCGGUGCCCCCUUCCGGGGCCCAUAUCCCGGCCCAGGAUAUGGGAUUCCACCACGAAAUGUGAUGCCAGGCUACCCUUCGCUGCCAAAUCAUCGCGCAGCGCAGAGCAUGGUACAACCGUCACCCAAUUUUUUACAGCAGCGAGGUCAAGGUAAUUUCCCCUUUGGUGGGGGUGCUCUUCAGCAGCAGCAAUCACAGCAGCCUCAAGCGCAGCAUACAUCGCAAACGCCAGGGCCACUGUCGCACACUCCACAUCCCCCACAGACAGGCGCUACUCCAGGACCGAGUCUCCCACCGCAUCUGACGCAAAACCCUCCUCCUAGUUUGGGGACUGCGCCAUCAGUGUCGUCUGCGAGCGAAGUCGGCCUUGACCCAAAUGACUUUCCCGCGCUAGGUUCAACGCCUGCGAAUCAGUCGAAUGCGACAUCAAGUGCGAAUGCGACGAGUUACGCGAGUCAGGCAGGAACAGGAGUGCAACUAGGUGCCGGAGCCAGUGGUGCACAAACGGGGGUGGGGAAUGGGGCAAUCCAGCCGAGGGACUUCACGCCAGACGAUUUUCCAGCGCUUGGAGGACAGACACAAUCCGCACAGCAGCCCCAGCAAGUACAGCAAACUGCAGAAAGCCAUCCACCGGGUCUGAAUGGAUUCCAGCAGCAGAAUGAUCAACAUCGGCAAGCACUCUUGGGCUCACUAACAGGCGGUGCGCCGACAUCAAUACCAACGGGGCAACAGCAACCUGGGCUGUUAAACCUGGGCCAGGCGAGGAACGUGCAUCCAGGGUUUCAGUCUGAUGCGGCGGAUAAGCAACGAAAUUACGCACUCAAGCUAAAUCAAGGAAGCCACGCUGCCGCAGCUGCAGCGUGGAGCUCGCCGAAUGCAAACCCGUCGACUCAGCAGACCAGCACAUUCCCCGCGACGUUACCAAAUGGUGCCAACCAAAAUCAUAUUCCAUCCUCGCAGCAGCAGCCCCCUCAGCAACAACCACAACAACCUCAUUUGAAUGCCCCGCCGGGUGUACCGCCUCCUGCAUCCUUUGCGCAACAACAGACGCAGACGCAGUCAGGUGCACCACUAGCAGCACCACAGCAGACGCCUUACGUUGGAAACGGGACUGCUGGGGGCGACACAGCUCACCAUCCAUCACAAGGCCCCGCGCACGCGUCGAGUGCAGUACCACAGACCCCUGCGCAGCAAGUACUCAUGUCGCCCGCAGACAGAUGGGGGCUACUGGGUUUGCUAGCGAUGAUCAAGAGUGCAGAUCCGGAUCAAAACUUGUUGUCUGUUGGUACCGACCUGGGGACGAUGGGCCUCGAUAUGCAGACCCCGGGGAGCCUGUACUCGACUUUCAUCACCCCAUGGGCGGACUCAUCAGCAGCACACACAGUGGAGCCAGAUUUCCACCUACCUGCAUGUUACAACGUGCAGCCACCACCACCAGGCCCACAGAAGGCACAGGCCUUCAGUGACGAGACACUGUUUUUCAUGUUCUACUCUUCUCCACGAGACGUACUGCAGGAAGUAGCCGCGCAAGAGCUAUGGAACCGUAAUUGGCGGUAUCACAAAGAGUUACGGCUGUGGUUAACGAAGGAGACGGGCACCACUCCUUCGCAGAAAGUGAUGGGCGGUGAACAGGGCUCAUACUCGUACUGGGACCCGGAGAAUUGGGAAAAGGCGCGGAAGGAGAUGGUCGUGUUGUACGCGGACCUUGAGGAGAAGCAGCCAGUGUUCCAACAGGGACAGCAGGUCCCGAUGGGUGCGCCGCAGCCGCACCAGCAGGCUCAGCCCGCGCAGCAGAGGGUAGGAGCGUUCCAGGGGAUGGGCAUGGGUGCGAUAUGA